AUGCAGACACUGACCACAUUAGAUCUCGGCAGCAAUGAAAUUGGAGUUGUUGGAGCACAGUAUCUCGCAGAUGGAUUGCGAACUAAUACGACACUGACUACAUUCAAUCUCUGCAGUAAUGAAAUCGGAGAUAUUGGAGCUCAGCAUCUUGCAGAUGCAUUACGAAAGAAUACGACAUUGAUGACAUUAAAUCUCGAAUACAAUCAAAUCGGAGAUGUUGGAGCCCAGCAUCUCGCAGAUGCUUUACGAAAUAAUACGAACCUUAUCGCAUUAAAUCUAUGGAAUAAUGAAAUCAGGGAUACUGGAGCACAACAUCUUGCAGAAGGAUUACGAAAUAAUAAGACAGUGACCACAUUAAAUCUCGGCGCCAAUAAAAUCGGAGAUGUUGGAGCACAGUAUCUCGCAGGCGGAUUACAAAAUAAUGCGACACUGACAACAUUAAAUCUCUGCAGUAAUGAAAUCGGAGAUGUUGGAGCCCAGCAUCUAGCAGAUGCAUUACGAAAGAAUACGUUGGGAUCAUUUUGUCAUAUGUAUCGGUCUUUAGGUAGUGCAUUUGAUACGUUAAUAUUUGUGAUAGUUGAUUGGGGAUAA